CGGCUGGCCGCUUUGAUCUCGCAACCACCCCUUGGCACGUCAAGACAUCUUCCGGGCUGCGCAUCUGGAAAGGCUCCCAACCGUCCCCUUGCCUAUUGCCUUUGCAACCCUGGAGCUGUUUGAGCUGAGUGAGCCGCUUAGGAAAGUGUGGCUUUCAGCCGCCCCUUCUCUCUUUCCCCCCCCCCUCCUUAGAGCAGACUCUGGCCAGUCUCAGCUGCCCCCCACAUCUGGGCAGCAUUAGCCCAGCCCCUGACCUGUCAAAGAACAGGCUGCUGCUUUUUGCUGCGAGUUUGCAGCGAGUUAAGACGGAUUUCCUGGAUGGCGUGAGAGAAAGGAACGGGGAAGAUCGCUGCAGAGGAGACGGAUUGAAUUACCAACCACAGAGGCAUGCUGGUAUUUCUCUGCUGGCUCCAACCUUCCCCUGAACACAGAGAUGUUUCAAGAGGCAUCGCUGGUCUUCCUGCUUCUCUGGCCCACUUUGGUGACCUCCACCUGGCAUGAAGGGUCCAGAUAUUCCACUGAAGAAAGUCAAACUGAGGACGUGUACCUCACGGAAGCUCCCAGUGUCCCUGCUCCAGAUUAUCAAGUUCCUCGGUGGUGUCAUCCACUAAUCAUUUACAAUGGGGAGGCUACCUGCUAUUCACCCCGUGGAGGAAAUUACCGCAGCAGCCUGGGGACACGCUGUGCGCUCUCCUGCAACCGUGGGUAUCGCUUGAUCGGCCCGAGGUCUGUGCAAUGCUUAAUGAACCGCCACUGGUCGGGGAUUAUCUACUGUAGACAAGUCCGAUGCUACACAUUGCCAGCAUUUCAGCACGGGUCGUACCACUGCUCCAAUGGGGUGAAGAUUGAUUCUCACUGUCACUACACCUGCCAACUGGGGUAUCAACUAGAAGGUGACCGCACCCGUGUGUGCAUGGAAGAAGGGCGCUGGAGCGGUAGUGUGCCAAUUUGUGUAGACACAGAACCUCCUCAAAUCCGGUGUCCGGAUUCUCGAGAGCGAAUAGCAGAGCCUGGCAAACUGACCGCCAGAGUUUACUGGGAUCCACCCCGCGCAAAGGAUUCUGCUGACGGCAUCAUCAAAAAACUGAAACGCCGGGGCCCAGAACCAGGAUCCGAGUUUUCAGAAGGAGAACAUCUUAUUCGCUAUGCUGUCUAUGACCAGGCGCACAAUCGAGCCACGUGCAAAUUUUUGGUGAGGGUCCGAGUGAGUCGCUGUCCCACCUUGAAGGCGCCCGAACAUGGAUAUCUCAGCUGCAGUUCAGCAGGGAACAAUUAUGGUGCCAUCUGCGAAUACCAGUGCAACGGAGGCUUUGAGCUAGAGGGGACCCGUUCACGGGUCUGCCAGUCCAGCCGCCAAUGGUCAGGUUCUCAGGCCAGGUGUACCCCCAUGCAAAUCAAUGUAGAUGUCAACUCUGUCGCAGGCCUUUUGGAUCAGUUUUAUGAAAAGCGCAGAUUGCUGGUCGUCUCGGCUCCCGACUCCUCAGACCGCUACUAUAAGAUGCAGAAUGCCAUGUUGCAACAAGCAACUUGUGGGUUGGACAUGCGUCACAUGACCGUGAUUGAACUGGUGGGUUUGCCACCUCGGGACGUGGGGCGGAUCCGGGAGCUCCAACUCUCCGAAAAGAUAGUGGAAGAACUGAGGCAGCUCCUGCACAUCAGUCAUUCUCGUUUCAACGUAGUGUUGAUUGACAAAGACGGCACCGACCGUGACCGCUACAUCCAGCCAGUGACGCCGGAUGAGCUGUUCUCCUACGUGGAUAUGUACCUGCUGAGCACCCAGGAACAGUCACAGCAAGAACAAAACAGGGACAUGUGCGAGUGACAAGGAACUUCCUGGUCGCCUUUGGCCAACAACGUCAACCCAAUGGUCUUGUUUCCCAUUAGCCAAGGUGGUUAGGGGUGAAACUCGAAAAGCAACAGUUGGAUUUCAGUCAAGGUGGCAGCAGAAGUUUCUUUUCUGACCCUGUAAGCAGGAAUGCAGUGCUUUCUCGUGGCCUGGUUAAUAUCUACCAAUGUUGGAGGCACUAUUCCAAAAGAGAUCCUUUCUCAAAUGUACAAUUUUUUCCCCCAUAAAGAGCACUUAAGACUCUUUUUGCCUGGAUCAUAAUUCUCUUCACCCUUAUAAAGCAGGAAGUUGAUGGGUGGAUGUUGAUGGGUGUGGUCUCCAGUUCCUAUCCACCUCAACCCGAGCAUGACCAAGGAUUUCCAGAGUUGCGGUUUAACAUCUAGAGCACUUCAGCGCAAGACCAGCUCUAGCCAAGGAUACCGCUGAGAUAACUGGUGUAGAACAAGAUCUCCUGAAUUGUCCUUCCUGCUUUCUUCUUAGCUUUGCUCUUCUUUGGGGACAUCCUCAAAAGAUAGCGCUCACCAAAAAUUAAGUUAGCUUAAUUGUAAACUCACGGACUACCCCGUUUUCACCUACUAUCCUGGUCAAAUAACAAGCCAACAUUCCUGAGUUUGGGGCUCUAUAAUCAGAGAUGAACCAGGGCUAAAAUCACAGGGCUCCCAGUUUCUUUCUAUCCUUCUGUGGUGGGUAAAAUGAGGUCCCAGGUUGUUGGGGCCCCCGCUUAGAGAGGGCUGUAAAGCACUGUGAAGCAGUAUAUAAGUCUAAGUGCUGUUGCUAUUGCUAAAAUAGUCAAGCUUACUAUUAAAAAAUAGGUUUUGCAACGUGGAUAUGAGGUCAGAGAAAGAGAC